GUCUAAGGCUCUGACAGCUGAAUUUAGCCCCUCCCACGGAGGCCUCGGCUCCUCUUUCUCGCCCACGUUGAAUGCCUCAGGGAGCGAAGAUGGGGAGAGCUGUGAGAGUGAAAGGAGGAGGGUUGUGAUGUUGGGGGGGGGGGUGCUAAGGUUGGGCUAAGGACUGGAGAGCCUGCGGUGGAGCUGUGGUUAGGGGCAUGUGGGUUUUGUGGCUGACACCAAGGUGGGGGAGGAAACCAGGAUUCGAGUUGAUAGGGUGGAGUUCGCACACCCAGAUGCAAAUUACUUGGAUUCCGGCGAGUUUACUUUGCUCCGUGAGAACUGCACCAGAGUUGGAGGUUAGCAAUUUGCAAGGAGGUAGUAAUAUAUCCAAUCGUGAAACUGGGAAAGGCCACAGUUAUCAGAUCAGGAAAAUAUGUCCCGCCGGAAACAGACAAAUCCAAAUAAAGUUCACUGGGAUCAAGUAUUUGCUGGGCUAGAAGAGCAAGCUCGCCAGGCGAUGAUGAAAACUGAUUUUCCUGGAGACCUUGGCAGUCAGCGACAAGCUAUCCAACAACUAAGAGAUCAGGACUCCAGUAGCAGUGACAGUGAGGGUGAUGAAGAGGAGACCACACAAGAUGAAGUCUCUUCCCACACAUCAGAGGAAGAUGGCGGGGUGGUCAAAGUGGAAAAAGACUUAGAGAAUGCAGAGCAGCCUGUUGGUGGCAACAAAGUAGUAGAGCAUGAGGUCACAGAGAAUCUGAAUUCGGACCCCUUGCUUGAACUCUGCCAGUGUCCCCUCUGUCAGCUAGACUGUGGGAGUCGGGAGCAGUUGAUUGCUCAUGUAUACCAGCAUACUGCAGCAGUGGUGAGUGCCAAGAGCUAUAUGUGUCCUGUCUGUGGACGGGCCCUUAGCUCCCCAGGGUCAUUGGGUCGGCACCUCCUAAUCCACUCGGAGGACCAGCGGUCUAAUUGUGCUGUGUGUGGAGCCCGUUUCACCAGCCAUGCCACUUUUAACAGUGAGAAACUACCUGAAGUACUUAAUAUGGAAUCCCUACCCCCAGUUCACAGUGAGGGCCCCUCCAGUGCUGAGGGGAAGGACACUGCUUUCAGUCCUCCAGUGUACCCUGCUGGAAUUCUGCUUGUGUGUAACAACUGUGCUGCCUAUCGGAAGCUGCUGGAAGCCCAGACCCCCAGUGUACGCAAGUGGGCCCUGCGUCGACAGAAUGAGCCUUUAGAAGUACGGCUGCAGCGGCUAGAACGAGAGCGUACAGCUAAGAAGAGUCGGCGGGACAAUGAAACCCCUGAAGAGCGGGAGGUGAGGCGCAUGAGGGACCGUGAAGCCAAGCGCCUGCAGCGCAUGCAGGAGACAGAUGAGCAGAGGGCACGCCGGCUGCAGCGAGAUCGGGAGGCCAUGAGGCUGAAGCGGGCCAAUGAGACCCCAGAGAAGCGGCAGGCCAGGCUCAUCCGAGAGAGAGAGGCCAAGCGGCUCAAGAGGAGGCUGGAGAAAAUGGACAUCAUGUUACGAGCUCAAUUUGGCCAGGACCCUUCUGCCAUGGCAGCCUUAGCAGCUGAAAUGAACUUUUUCCAGCUGCCUGUGAGUGGGGUAGAGUUGGACAGCCAGCUUCUGGGCAAGAUGGCCUUUGAAGAGCAAAACAGCAGCUCUCUGCACUGAACCCCUCCUCCUGUCUGCCCUCCCACCCACCCAAGCCCACAGGGCUCAGUGCUGCAGGCACCUACAAGACCAUCCUUGGUGCCAGAGGCAGUUCUGGGGUUUGCUGCAGGUGGACCUGUGCAACCCUUGCAUGUGGGAGCAGGAUGGGUGGGGUCAAAAGGGACCCAGCUCUAGGUACCCGGAACAAGGGAGCAGGCACUCCAGAGAACUGGACUCCCUAGUCACUGCAGCAGGCCAGGCUUAUGGGACUAUAGGGCCCCAGUACAGCCCAUGAAGUUGUAAGGGCAAAUAAAUUAAUUUUAUCUUUACUGGCCCUUUCCUGCUUUUUGUUUGUUUGAUUCUAGCCAAUGAAGCGAACUAGGAGAGAGCUGGGAGUUUUCAGGCAGUGACUGCUGGUGGCUUGCUCUUUUAUAAGGAAGAGUGCUCUUCAAUUUAGACUACCCAAGCUCAUAUCCUUUACAAAUUGGUGAGGAAUAACUGACAGUGAAGAAAGAACUGAUCCUGAGAAUUCAUUCUCACAACCAUAAUUGAUACCUACAAUUCCGUGGGCUGUGUAAACUUAGCUUACCUUUUCCACCUUAGAAGUAGUAGAAGCCUUUUCUCACAACUGGUAUUUUCUAAACACUAUGUAUACUCAAAACUAGGUGCAAGCUACUUUUCCAAACAAAAUACACUUUUUCAGGCACUUAAAAUUCUAUCCCAGAGAGCAGCAAGCUGUAUCCAGGAAUAUAUUCAUGAAACUGGUUGCAAUAUUCCAUACACCACUGAACUCAUGUUUCAAAGAAGAGCUAAUCCAUCUUUAUCCCUUGGAGCCACAACAGAAUCAUAAAAGCCAUUGAGGAAAAUUCAAUUAAGGAAAUAAGCUCACUCAAGUCAACAAUGGCAAAGGCUAGACCAGAAUGACUACUCUGGCAGUUUGCAAGGCUGUCAAGCGAUGGAGAAGACAAGUGCUGAGGUCAUCACAUGUUUUGUGAUGGUACAGAACUUUCCUUAGCCUGCAUCAAAGGUUGUGUACAGUUUAGAUAACUAUAGACCUUGAGGUCCAGAAGGAAGUGCCCUAGUUAAAUUGUAGCCAGAAAAUUAACUAUGCCAGGAAUGUGGACCUCUUCCAGUACCAUAACAGGGAGACUUGGCUGCCUCUCUGACCUCCAUAUGCCCAAGGCUAAUAGUGUCAUAUGACGCCCACCAAAGUAGGGUGAGUUCCUACCAC